UGGCCUUGGUCCAGUCAGAGCACUCUGAGGCUCAUUGCGUCACAGGUUCACUUUUCCUCUCUAUUCACCCUGCAGGAUUUGAAGCUUUUCCACCUUUUUAAGCAUGUUGAGUUAUGGUGCAAAUGUUCUCUUGACCUCUGGUGCCUGGCCACUCCGAGAAGUGGCUUAGACGAAUGUUAAAUUCGCUAACCUGGUUGGCCUCCUGGCAGAUUUGCCCCUUUGGACUGAAUCAUAAUCCUCCAAGUCUAGUUAAAGUUCACCUGCUCUAGUACAAGCCCUUUUCAUGUUUCCACCACGAACAAUGAGCAGGACGAGACAUUAGAGCCCAGGAUUUGGUCGUGGAGGUAAAUCUGAUGAUGACGGCUCCGCGUUCUGAUCGGAGGAGAAGAAGAGUGUUGAACCUUGCAUGCACUCCCUUGUGUGAGCGCCUACCAGGAUCUAUUAAGUGACGUGUAGAGUACAGCGUUAAAUGAAUGAUCUGCCUGCUGUCAGGAGAACAGACUUCAUUCAGGUGAACACGGAUGGAGAAUAGUUCACUCCAGGCCUCUGUCUUCCAUGUCUGCUCCCUCAGGCUACACUCGACUGAAGCAGAAUGAGCCGAUGAACUCCUUGCGGAUCUCCGUAGGAGGCCUCCCCGUUCUGAAUUCUAUGGCCAACCCUCAUUUCCGCCUCAAGUGGAAGCCCAUCGUGGCCGCAGUUUUAGCCCUCUCGUUAUUCCUACUGCUCUUCACGAACUUGAGCUCAGUGUUUGGCUCCCGGUGGCACGGUGACAACCAGCAGUCCGAUGGCCGUUAUAAUGACACCUACCCUCUCAGUCUGCCUGAGAGCACGCCGCAGGGCACCCGCUACCGCAUCGGGGUCAUCGCUGACCUGGACACAAACUCUCGAAGUGAUAAGAAGCUGACGUGGUUCAGCUACUUGCGGCGGGGGUACCUGCUGGUGUCUGAUAGUGGCGACAAGGUGGCGAUCGACUGGGACGCGGACAGGGUGGUGCUGGAAAGCCACUUGUCGGAGAAGGGCAGGGGUAUGGAGCUGUCUGAGCUGGUGGUGUUCAACGGGAAACUGUACAGCGUCGACGACAGAACGGGCGUGGUCUACCACAUCGACGGCGACCAGGCUGUGCCCUGGGUCAUCUUACCUGACGGCGAUGGCAGCGUAGCCAAAGGGUUCAAAGCUGAGUGGCUGGCAGUGAAAGACGAGCACCUGUAUGUCGGUGGCCUGGGGAAGGAGUGGACCACCACUGAGGGCGAGUUCGUCAACAACAACCCAGAAUGGGUCAAAGUAAUUGGCUUCAGGGGGGAUGUGCAACACCAGAACUGGGUCCCAAGGUACAAAUCUCUGAAGUCCGCUGCAGGGAUAGAGCCUCCAGGCUAUCUCAUCCACGAGUCAGCGGCGUGGAGCGACACCCUUCAGCGCUGGUUUUUCCUCCCACGCCGCGCCAGCACGGACCGCUACGAAGAGGCAGCAGACGAGCGUCGCGCCACGAACCUUGUCCUCAGCUGCUCGCCAGAUUUCAAAGACAUAGUCAUGGCCCGGGUGGGUCCUCUCAACCCCACUCACGGUUUCUCCUCCUUCAAGUUCGUCCCCAACACAGGCGACAAAAUUAUUCUGGCGCUCAAGUCGGAGGAGGUCGCUGAGAAGGUGGCCACGUACAUCAUGGCCUUCACGGUUGACGGACACAUCCUUUUACCUGAAACCAAGAUUGGCGACGUGAAGUAUGAAGGCCUGGAGUUCAUCUAAAUGAACUCUGAGACUCGGUCUUGAGGCCACUGCACUGUAGUUCUAUUUUGUUUACAAGCCAGUCACUGUCGAAGUUAAUGCACUUGCUGCUUCCUCAUUAAGUUUGCAGAAGGCACAAGUCAGGCCCUUGGAGGAUCCUCCUCAGUGCGAGCUGGAGAACCUGGGGCUGAGACUGAAGCGUGGUCCCGCCUCGGCUUCAGAGCAAGUGUCCGUCAGAACGAACGAUACCAGCGUUUCUCGUGGUGCAUCAUCUCCUUCCUCAACAUUACUGUAGCCUUUCUUAAAAUGAAUGUACUAACGAUUGAUUCAUCAGACUGUGAUUAGUAUCCAUUUUUAUGCACAUAUUUUACACUCUGAAAAGGUCAAAGGUCGUUUCCCCCUUUGCUCCAGGUCAAACUGCAUCACUCUGUACACAAAAGGCAUAAAUAUUGUCAGGGGAAAUCCCUGAAAGCCUGUUUUUAUUCUUCGUAAAAAAAAUCAUUUGAAGGAUUUGAGGAAAUUAGAAUGAUUUUGUAUGUCAUGUGUUUUAUGUCUGGCGGGUGUGCUGACUAAGUAAAUUCUUGAUUCCUC